AUGCGUUCACUUCGGCCACGAACACAUGAGAUCGUCUCAUGCAUGCAGUUCGGCUUCGGAUCAAUGUUCAUGUUUGCUGGUUACCUCUCUACCUCGUUUAUUUCUGAGUCCAUUUUGAACUCUAUAUAUCAGGAUAACCCCGACACUAUCAGCCAGUACGCAGGCUAUUACGGAGGAGCUAUUCAAUUCGGAGCAUUGGCCAUAUCGAGUAUUGUCACACCAUCUGUAUGGUCGCUGGUACUAAGCAGCCUUCUGUUCGCUCUUUACUACGUAGGAUUCGCGAAAGUCACCUGGUGGUAUUUUUACCUUCAC